UUCGGCGGUAUCAGUCAGUCGAACGCCUUCAUUAACACACAACGCAGUGAAAAGGCUUUAAUAUAUAAAAAAUAUUUAUAAUUCAAUUCUUCUGUUUGCCUUUUGGUUUGUUUGUUUUACACAGCUGUUUUAAUUGUUUCUUUUUAAGAACGAAUUUAAUUCGUCGUAUUUUAAUAAAUUAAUUGAAUUAAUAACGCUACAAGUCAGGGGCCGAUAAGAAGACGCAAGUAACCAGUCCUCCAGCAGCGCAUUGAUCUCAUUAUUGUAAAAGCUUCAAACAAAAACUGACAAACAAAAUGAUUGUGAAAGUUCCUUCAAAUGAUUGGUCUGACCAAUUUGAAUAUGUAGUGGAGGAGGAUGAUUCCCUAUCAGAUUUGGAAGAUGAACAGGAUUUCUCCGAGUACUUGUGGAUGGAGAAUGAAGAAGAGUUCGAUAAGAAUGAAUUGAAACGUCUCGAAGAAGAGGACAUUAUGAAAGAGUGCAUUGAGGCAAUGCUUGAGGACGAGCUCGAAGCUGAAUUGGCUGAGUGGCAGAAAGCAAAGACGGAAGAAUUAAAUGCAGCACUAUCCUCGCUCGCUGUGAGCGAAUGCAAUGUAGAGCAUUCCAUUCUAAAUCCUCUGGCCGCUGAAUUCGUUCCGCAAAAGCAUAUAAUUGAUCUGGGUACUUCGUAAGCCUAACAUUAUUUAUUUCACACACCACAAACUGGAAUCUAAUGCAACAUACGACGUUUAAAUAAAAUCAUCAAAACGCAACGCAUCAACAAUACUAUCGGAAAUUGUAGGUAAUGGCCCUAAACAAAAAAAAAAUCUAACCAACACAAAAACAAACAAACAAAAAUAAACAGAAAAUUUAAUAUUCUUAUUAAAGUAUAUUUAAAGAAAACCAAACAAAAAAUCACCAACCCAUCAGCGUACAUGUGCAACGCGAGUAAUAUUUACUCGCUUUUAUUUUGUUUCAGUUGGCCAUUAACACCAAGAGGCGCAUAAAAUUCAAGGAAAAGGAAUCACAAAUAAGCAUACAAAAAACUAAAAGCCAAACAAAAAGCAAAAAAAUAAUUUUAAAUUACAAUAAUUUACUCAAGCUGACUUUUUGUUGCCAUGCGCUAUUUCUAAAAAAUUUUACAGCUAAUAUUUUAGCAAGUUGUUUGUUGCAAGUCCAACGUACAAAUCGCUUUUAAUUUAUUGUGGGUAUUUAUACACAUUUAUAUUCAUAUAUUUUUCAUAAUUACCUCAACCCACGCAUAACUUUCGAAUCGUCCUAUGUUAUUAUCGAGACGAUCUACAUGAUUCAGGAAGACUCUUGCCUCAGACUGCAACAGCAGUGCAAACGAGAAUGAGAGCAUUUCGGCCAUUUUUUGUUUGUUGUAAAAACAUUUAUCUAGUUUUAAAUAAGUGAUAAAAUGAUAAAUUGUUAGUCCAGAGUUGAUAUUAGGAAGAUUUGAAAAAUUACAAAAUGUGAUUAUUCACUACUGUAGCUUUCCGUAAUAGCUGUCAUGUAUGGUAUGUUUUUUUUUUCAUUUUUAUUUUUAAUUCACAUUCGUUGCAAAUUCAAUUCACACUAAAUUUAUAUGUAUUGCGAUCUGCAGAUAAAUCACUAUGUGCAUCUAAAAAAAUAUUUAACAUUGUCCUGUCUAUAUUAAUAUGCUUGAACGCUCCAAAUUCCAUGUAAAGUACACAGACAUACCCCAUUACAACCUUGUUUAGCUUUAAUGGAAAAUUGUAAAGUUAUUUGUAAUUUAAAAUUUAACAAAAAAAUUAAUAAAGUCAAAUGUAAUGU